AUGGGUUUAAGUUAUAGUUCUCAGGAGAAGAACGGAGUUAGCAUUCUGGUUGACAGAGAGCUCCGUGAUCUGGUAGUAGGGGUCAGGAGGGUGAGCGAUAGGCUGAUGAUUAUUAAAAUAGUAGUUGGAGGGCAUACUUUAAACGUGGUUAGUGCUUACGCACCGCAAGCGGGCCAGGAUGAGGAGAUCAAAAGGCGAUUCUGGGAGGAUUUGGACGAGGUUGUGAGGGGUUUUUCGCACUCAGAGAAGCUUUUUCUUGGUGGUAAUUUCAAUAGCCACAUCGAGACGUCGGCUAGGGGAUACGAUGAUGUGCAUGGAGGCUUCGGGUUUGGGGAUAUGAAUGAGAGAGGUACGACGCUGUUAGAUUUCAUGAGAGCUUUCGAUUUGGUGAUAGUGAACUCUAGUUUUCAGAAGAGGGAAGAGCACUUGGUCACCUUUCGGAGUACGAGGGCCAAGACACAAAUUGAUUACCUACUCUCCCGAAAGUGCGAUAGACGCGGAUUGCAAGGUUAUCCUGAGCGAGACCCUCACGACCCAACAUAG